AUGGCGAGCGGCGGCCUGGCGGCUGCGUCGGAGUUCGCCGUCGUCUUCCUCAUCCGGCCCGUCCUCGCCAUCGCCUUCGUCUUCACCCUCAUCCUCCUUAGCUGGUACGUGGCGUGGAGAACGGUGCUGGUGCACGUGCCGUUGGUGCAGGAGAUCGCCGGUCUGCGCCCGAAGAAGCCCGUUAAACCCAAGCCAGCCAACCGCGGCCGCUUCGCCAAGUUCUACCAGAACCAGGCGGAGGCCGCACAAAGUUUGGUACAAUGCCUGAAGGACCUGACGGCAUAA